GGUUGAGCUUUGAAUGAGGGGCCAUCAUCCCGGCGGCUCGGAGGUGAAAAAUACAGUUUAAAGUCUCUCCGGGUGAAUUUAAAAUGAACAAGCAGGCUUUUCUGACAGCUACCUGAGUGACCGUUCACCGUCCAGCGUCCUUUCCACCUCCUCGGCGGGUUUCUUUGGAUGUGCUCCUCUCCGCUACCUACAUUCUGUGCUUUCCAUCUGAUUUUCUUCCCAGGGCUCCUCAAGACCAAUGCCUUAGUUCUGACAAGACAUUACUCACAAAUACAUACAUAUAUCAAGUAGGAAUUCGGACGUACAGCCCAACACCUGUAUCACCUGUUAACCCCUCCUUCCCCCCCCCUCCCUCUUUCUCUUUACAUCAGAUUAAGAGGGGCAUCAAAACACACUUAGUUCCACAAAAACACACAAAUACACAAGCCACCAUGUCUUCCAUCCUUCCCUUCACUCCCCCGGUAGUGAAACGCCUCCUGGGAUGGAAGAAGACUCCAGCAGGGAGUGGAGGAGCAGGAGGAGGAAUAGGAGGAGUAGGGGAGCAAAACGGAGGAGGACAGGAGGAGAAAUGGUGCGAAAAAGCUGUGAAGAGCCUGGUGAAGAAGUUGAAGAAGACGGGGCAGCUGGAUGAGCUGGAGAAAGCCAUCAGCACGCAGAACAGCAAGACAAAGUGUGUCACCAUACCCAGCAAUUGCUCAGAUCUAUGGGGUCUAGGCUCAGGCCACACGAUAGAGCAGUGGGACUCUGCAGGCAUGUAUGGAUACCCUGACCACAGCAGGUCACUGGACGGGCGUCUUCAGGUGUCUCACCGUAAGGGCCUGCCCCACGUCAUCUACUGUCGCCUGUGGAGAUGGCCCGACCUUCACAGCCACCAUGAGCUGAGGGCCAUUGAAACCUGCCAGUACGCCUUCAACCUUAAGAAGGAUGAAGUGUGUGUCAAUCCUUACCAUUACCAGAGAGUGGAGACGCCGGUUCUGCCUCCGGUGUUGGUGCCACGCCACACAGAGAUUUUGACAGAGCUUCCACCUCUAGAUGACUUUACAAACUCCAUUCCUGAGAACACAAAUUUCCCUGCUGGCAUAGAUCCUCCUAAUAACUAUAUACCAGAGACUCCUCCACCUGGCUAUAUCAGUGAAGAUGGAGAGACUAGCGACCAACAGAUGAAUCAAAGUAUGGAAUCAGGCUCACCAGCAGAACUGUCACCAAACACCUUGUCACCUGUCAGUCACGGCCUGGACCUUCAACCGGUUACCUACAGUGAACCAGCUUUCUGGUGCUCUAUAGCCUACUACGAGUUAAACCAGCGGGUGGGAGAGACGUUCCACGCCUCACAGCCAUCUCUGACUGUGGAUGGAUUUACUGACCCUUCCAACUCCGAACGCUUCUGUCUAGGGCUUCUCAGCAAUGUUAACAGGAAUGCAACUGUUGAAAUGACAAGGAGACAUAUAGGUCGUGGUGUGAGGUUAUAUUACAUCGGAGGGGAGGUGUUCGCCGAGUGCCUCAGCGACAGUGCCAUUUUUGUCCAGAGUCCCAACUGCAACCAGCGAUACGGCUGGCACCCUGCCACAGUCUGCAAAAUACCACCAGGUUGUAAUCUGAAGAUUUUUAACAACCAGGAGUUUGCUGCACUGCUGGCCCAGUCAGUCAAUCAGGGGUUUGAGGCAGUCUAUCAGCUGACCAGGAUGUGCACCAUCAGAAUGAGCUUCGUCAAGGGCUGGGGAGCAGAGUACAGACGUCAGACAGUAACCAGCACCCCUUGUUGGAUUGAGCUGCAUCUCAACGGCCCCCUCCAGUGGUUGGAUAAGGUGUUGACCCAGAUGGGUUCACCAUCAGUGCGUUGCUCCAGUAUGUCCUAAACACGGUUCUGCUGCUGCCGACGCAAAGUCAGACUGACAUUUCACAAUGUUUGACCAGUGUGUCCUAAAGGAUACCACCAUGCAGUCUUAAACUGAUGUACUAACAUCAUUAUAUAUAAAAAAAAAAAAAAUUAAAAAAAAAAAGGAUUACACAAUGGACCUGGAAGAGGAGAGAAUGACAUCACUGAUGGACAAUAGAGGAAUGUUAACAGUGAUGUCACCGUGGGCCUGAUUACCUUUUGGCUCUGUUGGAUCAACGUCAGGCUGACAUUCCAAUAAUCACGGACCUAAUGAUUGAAAUCACCCUGCAAUAUCAAAAUGACAAGAGAGUGAUGUCAUAACGGACCAGACUACAUUAAUGUUUUUGGUAUUUGACUGAGGCUCUGAUCCAGGAACACACAGCGGGAGAGAACUCAGUGACACGACAGCGGCUGUUUUUUCGGGGAUUGAGCAUGUGACCUUCUAGUUACAGGACAGUCUCUCCAACCACUAAUCCACAUCUUGCCUCCUCACUACCUACCUACCACAGCACAAGCUUGAUUCAGUGUCAAGAUUUUUUUUUUUUCGUUUACACAAGGUUGACCAACAGCAGAACUGCUACUCCAGGCUCAUGUUCAACCAAAGUCAACUUCACGCCUGGAUAUGAAUUUUUUUUAGUGUUUCUUGGUUUCGGUGACCAAACUUCCAUUCAGUUUUUUUUUUUUUAUCUGAGAGUUCCACUUUUCAUGAUUUCCUCCUUAUCAGUCCAGCACUGUCAUGAUCAUAGACCUGAUAACGCUGGACUGCAUUGGUCUUCAGCUCCUAGAGUGGUGACAUGUUGACGUCUUUAAUUAAUGAUACAUACCCCCAUGUUCACAUGUACACACACACACAUACUGUAACACGGACACACUUAAGCAAUUCAUUCACCGCUUAACUUACUAUUUUAACAUCUCUGUUUUGACAUAACAGCAAAAAAAAUGUCCUCAUUGUGAAAUGUUUGAACCACGAGUCUGCAGCAGAGCAGAUGUUUGAGUGUGGAUCAGAGCUGAAACAAAGAUGUCUUUUAAUCUUCUGUGAGAAGUUUUUAUUUUAAAGUGCGGUCAAUGGCUAUCCAGCACAGAAGAUAACUGGAAUGAGUAAGCUAAGGAAUCCUCAGAGCAAGAGCGUACAACAUGUCACUGUACUGCUUUCCCUCCUGCACACUCUUUCUCUCACGCUCUCUCAUUCUCUGCAUUAACUUUUUUUACCAUUAUAUCAUCUGGUUUUAUGAAGGGGAGUUGUUUGUAGGACUUGGAGAUAUUCAGGGCUCUGUAUAAAUGCAAGAGUCUAAGCCGCAAUGUCGCCCCCUGCUGUGUAACAGACACGAAGAUUAACACCCAUCACUCUAUGUUUCACUGAUGAAGACAUUCCACAAGUCUCUCUUGAUUAUAUGCUUGGACUGACACACGGUUUCCCCAUUAUUGAUAUUGUAUUGAUAGGAAAAGUCCUGCAGUGUGUGACUUUUAAAAAUGGCCUCUAUACUGUACUUGCACUGCCCCAAAUUAUGCACCCUUAUUAUUGCUACAAGAAAGUUGCCUUUUGAUGUAAAGUACAGCAAGAUAUGCUUUGAAAUGUACAGAUAGGAAUGUUGAAAAGCCCAAUGGAAGUGAAGUAAAAAAAGAAAUCUUCCAUAUUUUUAGUAUAUUCACUAUAAAGAUUUUUGUCCUUAUAUUGUGAGAAUUGGCUUAUUCAAAAGCGUCUGGAGUAUUUGUUUGAUUUUAAUUAGACCUUUUGCCCUGAUCUAAAAGCCAGCUGGUACCUACAUCGGUAUUUUAGACUCCAAGUCUUUUCAACUCCAAGUAUUAAAGCUUUAAGUAUUAAACAAGCUAGUUAAACUGCACAGUUAUUAUUUUCUUUACACAUUCUUUUAGCUACAUUUUUUUGUAUUUUCAUGUAUUUUUUUAUAUAUAAAUCUAUUUAAAAUCCUCAAUGCUUUCUUCCUUUUUAUUAGAAUUCAAUAUCUUUUUUUAAAAUAUGCCCUCUGUUUGAAAUGAUUGCAGCUUGACGAUGAUUUAUGAAGUAUGUAGCAUAGGAUGUAACAUUUUCACUGAACGUAUCACUGAAAACAGUUUGUUAGUUCAAAUUGUGUGCUUAAUGACUUUGAGGCCAAGUCAUCAUAAUUACCAUACUCUUCUAGAGUUACCAGUUAAUAUAUAGCAAUAUUUCUUUUCUUUUGAUUUUUGAAAAUGUAAUUUGGCUGCUAAAACAGUAAAUGUGGUAGGGGAAUUUUGGAAUCUAUCACAUAUUAUAGCCAUCUAAAAAGCUAGUUUCUAAGAAUGUGACCCAAAUUAUGAUAGUGCUGUCCCAAAGACUGAAUGCAUGCAUGUCUUGUACAUUGCAGAUCAUUUGUGUCAAAAACCUAAUAGCUUCAGCUUACAGUUAUUGAAUUUUAUGACUUAUAAUUGAAAGUUGCUUCAGUCCUCUGGGGGUUUGAUUAGUUGCAUGGCUCUACAAAUCAAGAUAUCUGUCUAAAAAUGUUUCUAUUUUCAGUAAACCAUUGCCAUCAAAAAAUUAUGAUAGAAGAUACUGACUUUUUAAGAUAUUAGGAUUUAAUCCAACAACUGGGCAAUACAGAAUUAUGUUUCAAUAUCACAGCAGUUGGUAUUAAUUUUUAAAGUUGUAAGUUUGGAUGGUAUUGAAUCCUGUCUUUCUUAAGCAACAUAGGACAUUCCAGUACGCAGUGUGAAAACUGCCUCCAAUUACAGCUUUGCAGCUGUUUGAUUCUCAUGACUGUUUGGUUAUACACUGUUAAUUUGCCGUGAGUGUGUUUACAUGCACACAGGAUAGUAUAUCCUAGUCAAGGCCUCUUUACUGUAAGAGCGUUGCUCAUGUGUAUCCCAGCAUUAAACACAUAAGCAGAAUGUUAUGGAUAUAUUAUGAUAAAUGGGAUUUUAAGUGGGACAUGUAAAUAUAUGUAAAUGGGACUAGGUGUGUACUCAUACUGUCACAUUCCAGAUAUCUUGUUUCACUUUCUCCAAACCGUGACCAAAACAUGACACGGGUCUAAACAUGAUGUCGGUGCAUGUAAACACUAAACACACUCACAUUUUGAGAUGACACCCUCUCCUACAAGGGGACGUAUUUUGGCAUUUGGACCAAGUUGAAUGAUUGACAGUUUUCAAAAUCUCAAAAGUAAAUGCUAGUCCUGCAGGACAAAGUGAGCCACACUUUUUCAGUGAAAACCGUUUUCUUCAUUCAUCUAGCGUUCACCUUGGUCAAAUUCGAUUGUACUCGUAUCCAACAACAGGGAUGUUUGUCUCCCUGUAUGUGUAUUUAUCUGUCCUCCUGUCCUGUCUUUUUCCCAGUCUGUCUUUUUUUUUCACUUAUUAAGGAAAAAGUUGACUGGAGUUUUCAAUGCCAAGGUCAGUACACAUGCUUAAAUGUAAUGUUUCCUUACGGUUGUUGUAUCAAUAAUAACCUACAUGUUUGUUCUAUGCAGUGACACUGAUUGUUUGGACUGUAUACUCAGAAACAUUUAUACAUCGCUUUUUUCUGAUUUUACAGUUCUAUGAGAGUUUCCAGGGUCCAGCAAGAGCCUUUGUAUCUGAUUUUUUUUUUCUUUAAACCAACUAGCUUUUCUCACUUCCUGAAAAGUCUGUUUUUGAAUUGCAAGAUGAGGCCAAAUGAGGUUUCAUGUAGGCUCCAUCUACACGUUGUAAGGGUCCACAUUGCUAUAUACAGGUCACAUAUUGUUGUUUUUUUUUCUUUUGUGAUGGACAAUUGUGUAUUCCCAAAUGAGCCUCUUUCUGAUGGAUUUCUAAGAAAUCGGCUUUUUGGAGAAAGUGAAGUUUCUGUCCCUAGUGAUGUUAUUGUAUAGUUGUGCUUUCAUUUUUACCUUACAUGCUGUUUCUUUUCCUUGCUAUCCACAGAUCAUAUUCCAUUAGACAACAAGCUGUUAGGAUUUCUGUCUUCAAACACUGAUGAUGAUCUUCAUAGGCUUUCCAGCUAUUCUGCAUAUACAGACAACUUCUUACAGUGUACACUAAUAAAGCUGUUUUAAUUCAA